AUGAAGUUUAAAUCGUUUGUGUUGUUAGUUGUUUUCGUGAUAUCUGGUGGAAGUUGUAUUAAUGAAAAUGUCGAUGGCAGCAGCGUGGACACUGAUUUGCUGGAACUACCAGUCAAUAGUGCUUUAAAGACAACACUGCCGGAGAAAGGAGAUGUUACUGAAGGCCCUACAGUACUUGUACUGAUGACGAAGUUGUUAAAAAGUUCUACAUUCAAGGACGAAGUUGCCAACGAUUUUUCUUCACGUCAUUACCACAGAAGCACAGCAGGCGAUGCUCCUAGAAGAACCGUCAGGCAAGCACUCCCGGGAUAUUUUCCUAGUAAUCCUUAUUCAACUCGAGUUCCUCUCUAUCCGACGAUUGGUAAUAUAAGGAAUCCACAAGGAGGUCAAUCACCUUAUGGUCCGACAUAUCAAUCAACAAAUUAUACUUAUCCUUAUAAUUAUUCUGGAAAUCAACAUAAUAACUAUUAUAAUCCAGCACAAGGACCACACAAUCCAUUGUAUAAGCCUGGAAAUGGAAAUUUAGGUGUUUUCAAUUCGUCAAAUUAUGAUAAUCGGCCUAAUAAUGCUGGAUUCUACCCUAAACCUCCGUAUUCCGGAACCUAUAACUAUAAUACGUCGCUUAACCACAGUCCUAGGCCAUAUUAUUCCAACAGUACGAACCGCCCUCAUUCAAUCCAUCCUAAUUAUCCUACCCCAAAUUAUAAUCCUUCUUGGUCUACUAAUAAACAAAACAUUACGAAUUAUAACUAUCCUAGCACAACACCAACUUAUUACAAACCAGCGCAAGGACCUUAUAAUCCCUAUUAUAAACAAGGAAAUUCUGGCAAUACGAAUUUAACAAAUUACGGACUUUGGCCACAAAAUAAUGGGCAAAGUCCUACAAAUGGGUUCACUGGGAAUAGCCAAAAUAUUCCAUACAAUCCUAAUCAACAACCUUGGAAUUUUAACAGCACAUUUCCAACUAACUCCCCUCAACAGUAUCAAUAUCCGGGUCAGAAUGGGGCAAACACGUUUAGGUUAGCCAAUUCAUAUUACCCUAGCGUUCCCAAUCAGCCUCCAUAUAAUGGUAAUGUGGAACAGAACCAUUUCUAUUAUCCAGGAAAUAGGAACACUACAUGGCACGAUCCGACCAAAUAUUAA